AUUCAACUCUGUGUUGGUGUGUGAAAACACAAAGUGUGUGACUGUUAGGCCUGACUGGGUGUGUUUGUGUCACAGCAGGGCAGCAGCCAACAUGCUCACAGCUGGUUUGAUGGAAAGAGAAAAACAGACACCAACUGCCAAAAAGAAUAAAACACUUAAGUUGCAAACAGCCGCAGGUUUAGAGAUGGUUUGAUUUUAUUACAUUUCAUUCAUUUUCUUCUGGGCUGAAACUGCCUUCAAAGACAUUUUGACAACAACUGAAAGGAACUUGUGGUCCAGUUCCAGUUCCAGUUCCAGUUCCAGAGGGAGGCUACGCUCCGGUCCGGGUUUUACUUCUCACCCUCCGCAGUGACCCUCCGUCACUGCGCGACAGGAAGUUCGCUUAAAAACAAGAACGGAAACCGAGUUUAUCCUAAAAAUGGAUUAAUAUUGAGAAGUAUUGUUACUGCCGUGGACGUGCAGGUAGCUGACUCCUCAGAGGAUGUCUAACCCGGCGAGGAGCGGAGACAUCAUCCACCUGAAUGUCGGGGGGAAACGGUUCAGCACCUCCCGACAGACCCUGACGUGGGUCCCCGAUUCCUUUUUCUCCAGCCUUCUGAGCGGUCGGAUCUCGACUCUGAAGGACGAGACCGGAGCUAUCUUCAUCGACAGGGACCCCUCUCUGUUCGCCACCAUCCUCAACUUCCUGCGGACCAAAGAGCUGCACCCGCGCUCCAUCAGCGUGCACAUGCUCAUGCACGAGGCCGAGUUCUACGGCAUCACGCCGCUGGUGCGGAAGCUGCAGCUGUGCGAUGAGCUCGACCGAUCUUCCUGUGGAAACGUGCUGUUCAACGGCUACCUGCCUCCACCAGUGUACCCAGCGAAGCGCCGUAACCGUCACAGCGUGGCGGGAUCGCAGUUCAUGGCGGGCCGAGUGGUUCCUGGGGAGAGAGCGCCGGUCAGACGCAGCAACACUAUGCCCCCCAACCUGGGGAACUCUGGGAUACUCAGCAGAAUGAGCGGCGAGGAGAAGACGCCUGCAGGUCAGGUGUCGGAUCCCGGCAUGGUUCGGAUCAUCUGUGGUCAUCACAACUGGAUCGCGGUGGCCUACGCACAGUUUGUCGUCUGUUACAGGGUGAAGGAGUCCACCGGGUGGCAGCAGGUCUUCACUUCUCCUCGUCUGGAUUGGGUGAUCGACCGAGUUGCUCUCAACGCCAAAUUUAUGGCCGGCUCGCUGGGAGACAACGACAAGAUGGUGGCCGUUGCCUCGGUGACGGAGAUCAUCCUGUGGGCCAUCUGCCCAGACGGCAAUGGAAACGAAAUCGGCGUCUUCAGCCUCAACGUGCCGGUGGAGGCGCUCUUCUUCGUUGGUAACCAGCUGAUCGCCACCAGCCACACCGGGAAGGUCGGGGUUUGGAACGCCGUCACCAAGCACUGGCAGAAUCAGGACGUGGUUCCCAUCAGCAGCUAUGACACCGCCGGCUCCUUCCUCAUCCUGGGCUGCAACAAUGGAUCCAUCUACUACAUCGAUGUGCAGAAGUUUCCUCUGAGGAUGAAGGAUAACGAUCUGCUGGUGACCGAGCUGUACAGAGACCCGACUGAGGACGCCAUCACUGCUCUCAGCGUCUACCUCACCCCCAAAACCAGUGACAGCGGGAACUGGAUCGAGAUUGCGUACGGGACCAGCUCGGGGACGGUCCGGGUCAUCGUUCAGCAUCCGGAGACGGUCGGCUCGGGCCCACAGCUCUUCCAGACCUUCUCUGUCCACCGCAGCCCCGUCACCAAGAUCAUGCUGUCCGAGAAACACCUCAUCUCAGUUUGUGCCGACAACAACCACGUGCGGACGUGGACGGUCACUCGCUUCAGAGGGAUGAUCUCCACCCAGCCGGGGUCCACGCCGCUCUCCUCCUUCAAGAUCCUCAGCCUGGACGAUGUGGACGGACACGGAGGCUGCAGCGCUGGGACGGAGAUAGGUCCAUACGGAGAGCGAGACGACCAGCAGGUGUUCAUCCAGAGAGUCGUGCCAGACAUUGAUAAACUUUACGUGAGGCUGUCGUCCAAUGGGAAGAGGGUGUGUGAGGUGCGCUCGGUGGAUGGCACCUCCAUCACGGCCUUCAUGGUCCAUGAGUGCGAGGGCUCGAGUCGCAUCGGCUCUCGGCCUCGUCGCUACCUGUUCAGCGGCCACAGCAAUGGCAGCAUCCAGAUGUGGGACCUGACCACCGCCAUGGACAUCGCCGGCAAGGUGGACAUCAGAGCACUAGGCGGACCAACCGAGGAGGAGCUGCUGGAGCUGUUGGACCAGUGUGACCUGGCUCUGACUAGAACACCUGACAGCACACCUAGAGCCUCGACCUGCAGUCUUUACUCUCAGCUCAGUGACUCCUUCAGGACGGAGCGUCUCCACUCUGCAGGAGGAGUUCGAGGAGCCGGAGCCUCCGGUUCAGCCGCCUCGCUGUGCGGCAGCCUCCCCCGACAGGCUCCGCCCCCUGUGCCUCUCACCAAACCUAUCAGAGACUCCGCCCUCUCAGCUGGGCCCGCAGUCGGACCACAGAUGCUCACCAUCCCCGCCCAAUCCCACAGCUCCAGCCCGAGCCAGACUGCCAGCCCACGUUCGAGACACCAAGACCGAGAGUCUGUCCGCCGGGGGAGCUUCGUGGAGCGCUGCCAGGAGCUCGCUAAGGGUUCAGAAGUGGUGUCAGGCCCCGGGUUUGGCGUCCCGGCAGGGGCGGAGGGCAUCAGACGGAGCUUAGCGGUGUGCAGCGAGCUAGAGGCCAGAUUUGGACUCAGGACGCCCACCACCUUCUCUGUGUCGCCCAGUGCACGCCACUCUCCAGGAACACCUUCAUCGCUGUCAUCCUCACCAUUAUCCUCAUCUUCGUCACAUCGCAGGGCCGCGUCCACGUCUCCCACAAGCCCCACUCCACCUUCGGCCCCAGCCGUGAACGCGACCCGGUCUCAGGCACCUGUAUCACCUCGCCGCGCCGCUGCAGCAUCUCCUGCUGAUGUCCCGGCUUCCCCGGAGAGCCCGGCGAGUCCGGACAGCCCCGCCGCCGGCCCGCCCACCAGCCCCAAACCACACAUGAACGAGACCAGCUUCUGAUCAGCUGUUCAGACGUUCGAGUGGAAAAGUCUUCCACUCCGACUGUUCUCAGCACGUUUUGUGGCGGCAGACAUGAAAAUCUUACCAGCAGGCUUGAGUGAACAGCCAGCCGGCCGUCAAACCGAAACCUGAAACAAGAGACCUCAUUCAGCUGAAACUGUGUUACUAAAGCUGCAUUAAUCGAUAUUUCUGCUCUGUCAAUAAUUAAUAUAAUGUAAUGUGAAAGGGCUCACUCUGACUUGACCAAGCCCCGCCCCCUUAGUUACUGUCACUGCCUUAUUGUUCUCAAGGGACACACGGUUAAAACGCCAACACAUUAACAUCAAAUUCAGAGUGUGAGUUCAGAAGAACACAACAGGCAGACAGAAUUGGUCUCUUAUUUCUAGUAGUUAGAAACACUAAAGUCACAACCGUUCCUAAUAUUUUAUGAGGCUUCAGCUAGCUAGCUGAUUAAGCUAAAGCUGCCCCCUUCAGUUGGUUGAAAAUGCUGUUUUUGGCUCACGUUUUAGUGUGAAAGCUAACAUGUGAAAGCUAAAGCUAACAUUUCCCAGUCAUCACUUGGACUUGGACUAAAGACACAGAAGGUUCUUGUCUGACGCGGUAGAGAUGGUUAGUCCCAGUGUGUCACAGUUAGCAUUGGCAGCUUCGUCCUGAUGAGGACAGUGACUUUCAGUUCAGUGUGUUGACGUCAGCAUAGCUUAGCUGGCUACCGAUGAUACAACCAGCUAACUGCAGUCGUCUUCUCAGUUGAUCAAAUCGAUGAUUUGCUAGAAAUGAGAAGCUGCUUUUUAUCUUCACUUGUCUGAAAUCAAGGACUCAUUGUUUAACAUGAUGAUAAAUAUUGUAUUCUUUUAUACGUGUGACAGGUUGGCAACAGUCGCUAAAGUGGGUGGGGCUUAGCGAGCAGUGGGAUCUUGAUGUGUGCAGCUCUGCAGCCUUUCAGCACGUUUCCUGUCCGAGAUGAACCGAGUAAAGUGGAGCUUUUAGCCGCUUACGGAGGUGUCGGGCUUUACUGCAGAUUUAUAACCAACAGAAGAAGAAGCGUUUGAGUUUAUAUUUUGUUCUUGUCAGCAGAUGAAUUUUUCUAUCGUUUUCUAUCUCAUGAGUUUGUUCAAAAACGUUUGUAUAAAAAACUGUUUUUUUUAAUUUGAGAUCCUCCAGUUUGUGUAGUUUUGUUGUAAUUUCCCACUGCGAUGAUGAACGCGUCGUCAGUCCGAUCGUUCCUUCACUGAGCCGUGCCUGAACGCCUCAGCGUCACAGCCAAUCAGGUUUCAGCCACACUUUUUGGCUCUGAUUUCCAUCACCUGCCAAAUGAACGUCUGCCUGAGAUGAACUUGUAGCUCAGUUACUGUUAGGAACAACCUGGAAACUCAUCACUGAAGAAAACCUGAAUGUUGACUGUCAUGUUUUUGAUAGUUCAGACUGAGCGAUGAAGAGCGGAGAACUGAACUGAACCCAACACUGAACCUGUCCUGCUUUAACCUCAUUGGAUGGUGGUCUUUCCAGGAAGCAGCUUUUCUUCAGCGUCUUCCUGUAAGUCUACACUUUGGGUUUUAUUUAAAACGUUUGCAUCACUGGCGUCUCCUGCGGUGACAUCAGCGUCUCUUUGGCGUCAUGUGACGUCACAUGACGUGACGUCACAUUGGCCACGUGGCAGUUUUCAGUGUUAAACAUUCACUUUUACAUUUUCCUUAUUUGUUCAGCGACUAAGAGCUGCUUGCAUUAUCUGUUAAUCCGUUAAUCUCAGUGUUUUCUCUGCAGAAAAGACACGUUGUAGUUCAGAUGUUUUCUGUUCUGAUGGUUCCAGCUGGAGAAAAAGAAUAUUUUGGUAUUUUUGUGAGAAAAUGACUUAAAACAAUUAUUCAGUUAUCAAAACCGCUGCAGACUCAUUUUCAUUCAAAGUUUAAAAUAUUUCAUACAUGAAAAAACAUGAACUGAUUAAUGAAGUGAAUAAAUUGUCUAAAAUGUUUAACUGAACCAACAAUUAUUAUGAACUGAUUUCAUUUUCACGGUCAUUUCUCGGAUAUCAUUUUAAAAAUGAAGCUUUUUAUUUUUCAGUUUGUCCCAUAAAACUGAAGACCUUAAAAGUCUGAGUUUCUUUGCUUUUCAUUAGACGUGAAACGAGCAGAUGAAUUAGUUUUUCUUACGUUCAUCGAGUGUUGCUGCUUUUCUUUGAUCUCUAAAGUUAUGAACUGUUUUUUGUGAUUUCUGAUUUGUGUCAUUAAAAAGACUAAGUUAAUUGUUUAUUAAUAAAUAAAGAAGAUACCAAACAUGUCUUUUAAAAACGUCAGAUCUUCUGAAAUCGGGAUAUUUUUACUGACUCGCCUAAUUAAUUGAUGUCAUUUAUUGUUAAUUGCAGCCAAAGUUGUGUUGGAAUGAAAUUGAAUUCUCUUUCUCCUACAAGCUCUGAAUGCAGCAUCUGUGGCUGCCGAGUUGUUUUAUGUUUUAAAAAAUGUUUUUAAUAUGAACUUUUAAGUCCAGAUCUGUAAAAGAUCGCAGUGAAUGUAGAGAAACUUUUUACAGCUGAACUCAGGUCAGCGUUGUUCUGUGCUUCGUAUUGUUUGUAUAAUCGUGUUUUCUAACAGACUUUGCUUUAAAAAAAUCAAAUAAAAUAACUGACUCAUGAAAA